AUGACAGACAACGUCACAAAUCAUUUCAUCGACGGUUCCUUUCAUAUUUUCGUAAUUUCAAUUUCAUCAUUUUACGUAAAUUAUAAACGCAAUGUGAUGAUGGCGGCAACGAUCGGAAGAGAAUCGAGUUCAAAGGAUUGGAAACAUUGCAGUAGUUGCGGAAGAGUCUUAGUCGUGGACUUGGCACCUGCUCCGAAGGAAGUCGAAGAAAUAACUUACUCGUUGAUAUUUCGGAACGCCACUACAAGUGUGGAAAGGUGUUGUAAAUUCCAAGCGAAGCGAGCCGGAACGAACGUACAAGACUACUUUUACAAGACGGUCUCGACCAGUACCGAGGAUUUGUCGUCGUCGUCGUCGUCGGCCGAUGAUACGGUGACCGUGACAAUGACAGCGUCCCACGUCCCACAGGACGACCUGCGUCCAAUGGAGGCAGCGUCGAUGCAGAAAAAGACCAGUUUCAAAGUGAAUUCCGACGAAAACCUGACUCAGACCAACCGACUGACGGCACACUGGGAGAACGGAAAAGACGAUUCCUUCGAAAACGAGUUUUUCAGCACCGAAGAUGAGGAGGGGGAGGAGGAGGAAGACGAGGACGACGAGGACGAGAAGGAGGAGGUGGAGCAGGAGGAGACUGAGGAAGAAGAAAACGAGAAAGUUUACACGAAAGAGAACAACAGUUUAGAUGACGAAGUCCGGUUGGAAGGAUCCUCAAAUUUGUACGGCACCGGAGAAUCCGUCGACGAGUUCCUGCCGGAAGAAACGAACCCAGCCGAUCUCGAAGAACAGCACGGAAUGACCGAUUCCGAUAUGCUCCUGCGGCCGUCCGAAAGCCAGCAGAAAAUCAUCCAAGACAACCUCGAGAAAAUCAACCAGUACCGAAACAUAAUCGCCCUUCAGCCAUCCGAACUGCAUCUGGUCACCGCCGAAGGCAAAAAAUCGAUGGUUUUCACCGAGGUCAGCAACGACUUGGACGAGAAACAGUAUCUGGUCAAACCCGUUUUGGAGAAGGAAGAAAAGUCCGGAUGUUGCGGCAAAUUCGGCAACAAAUGCAGACGACUCUUCAAGAAGAACAAAAAUAAAUCGUCAAUUUAAAAAGAAAACCAC